AUGCCCAUCGCGAACCGCCCAACAAAUGACCCAGCCCACCCAAGAACUAGCUCAGGCACCAAAAGAAACAGAGGCAGCUCAAACACAUCAAACGCCUCCGACCUCCUAGCUCCCCCCAAGAAGGAAGCAAGGAUGAUGAGAACCAGCUCCGAAGAAACAGCGACAGCCCCCAUGGAACUGGGAAACGAGGACCAAUCAACCCCCGACCCCAAAACAACAAUCAGAGUCCCAGCCACCCCACCCCCCACAGCCAUAGUAAUCACACCAGCCCCGGGCCCAGUCAAAACACCCAACGACACCAUGACCGACUUUAAUGUCUGCCCACUCCCGGAGGGCUUCAACCACCGGAUCCUAGGCCUCAACAGCAUGGGAAGAUGCCAUAAACUGGCCAAAAUGGGCAAAGCCAAAGACUAUGCCACCACCUUCAUCAGCCAUGCCUUCCCAGCAUCAGCAAACACUCUCUGCACCAUCCUGGCAGCCAACGAAAUAGAGGAAUGCAGUGACGACCCCCUCCCAUGGGGCAUAAUGAUUGAAGGUCUGACCUACCAAGACGCUGCGACCCUACUACACUACCAGCUCUGGUUCUCGAAAACCUUCAGCUUCUCGGUGCACCCGGCAACUGACUUCACAUCUGACUGGCUUGGAAACUGGGACUUUGCCGCCACGGCCAAGGACACGUCUGCUGCCCUUGAAUGCCUAAAAGCCACCUUGAGCUGCCCAGACACCACCAUAGGAAGAUACCUGGCAGAAAAGGUCCCGGACCAACCAGAACAACACAUCAUCAUCGACUCUGCUUCUGUCCACUGGGCCUUCCUAGCAAAGUCCCCCCACCCAAAAGAUGUCACCAAACACCACGAAUGGCUCAAAGCUGCUGAAGACACACUAUGGUACAACAGGAAAAUCGCGAAUGGCGUUAAAUGCAACCCCCCCAAACUGUGCAGAGGCUGCAAGGGCCAAGACCACUUGACCCUCCAAUGA